AUGGCUUCGACAAUGUUUCAUAUCGAUGAUCUUAAUAGCGGCAUCAAUAAGGCUCUAGCUGAAUCUAAACUCGUUGCAUGUUUUGUAACAAAUGGUAAUGAAGAAAGUCGACUCUGGGAGAAUGACUUCUUACAAGAUCCCGAGUUAAACUCUCAGCUGCAAGAAAGAACAGUUCUGUUGCGCCUGGUUGCUGGUUCUGAAGAAGCUAACUAUCUUGCUGCAAUCUUCCCGAUUCCAAAGGUACCAACUCUUGUUGCUAUUUGGAAUGGGGAACUUAAAGAAUAUCUGGCUGCAGGUAUAACCAAAGACGAGUUCUUGACACGACUUGGCAAGGCCUUAGAGUCUGCAAAUAGUCGGAGAAAUGUGGAGAAUGACCGCUUCAUAGCAUCGAAUGGAACGAGAAAUCCAGAACAGCGUACGACAGAAGGCCAGGAUCAACGUUCGUCAGGUAGUUCACCCGCUGGCGAUCGGAACAUUGGCUCCACACCUGCUUUCCAAUCUACUCAUUCUAAUCCUGUUGACCCAUCGAGUUCUGGCUCGCUUCCUAUAGAUCCUAGGGGUAAUAUACCCAAAGAUAACAAGGCCAUUGUGGAAGAUCACCCUAAACAUCCAAAUCAAACGGGAGACACCACAAGUUAUGCGGCGAUGCAAAAGAAGCUCCAGCAAGAAGCUAGAGAAGAGCGAGCGCGUAUCCUCGCACUUGUAGAGAGUGACAAAGCAAGAAGACGAAAGAAUGCAGAACGCAAAGCUAAGAAUGGCGAUCAAUUGAUUGACCAGUCUACACUAUUCCGCGAAAAAACCUCAUCCGCUCUAACUCCAGCAUCAGAGGUACAAGAUUGUGCUUUACAGAUAAGACUUUUCGAUGGAUCUUCCAUUCGUUCCAGAUUCUCCAAUGCCACUACUCUAAGUGGCGACGUUAGAAAGUGGAUCGAUGAUUACCAAAAGGACGACGUGCCUUAUAUAUUCAAGCAGAUUUGCACACCCUUACCGAACAGAACCCUUUCGAUGACAGAUGAAAGUCGCGAUUUGACAUCGUUAGGUCUAUACCCAAGCGCAACACUCAUCAUCGUUCCGGUUCAAGCAUAUACUUCAGCCUAUGAAGCAACGGAGCCAAGUAGCAUCUUGUCCAGAGGAAUCGCUGCGGGAUACAGCUUCGGCACUUGGGGCAUUGAUAGGAUGCUUGCCACUCUUGGUGGAAUCGUUGGCGGGACGGCCGUUGCUCCAGAUACAGACCAGAGAGCUGAACCUGGCACAUCAGCUGUAGAUGGUCGUGCGUCAAGCCUCAGCACUCUCAGAGAUCGGAAUGAUAACGACGAUCACCGUGAAUUUUACAAUGGGAAUACCUUGAAUUUCGAACCUCGGAAAGAUGACCCUCAUGGGGAUCAUUGA